GAUACGAGGUGUACGUAGCCGUGCAGUGCAGGACGGACGGCAACGGGACAAAGCAACCUCCAACGAUUUACCAGCCGAACCAUCGUAUCAGUAUAGCUAUCAUGGCGAGAACGACUUUCGUAGCCGUGCUGGUGGCCGGCAUGCUGGUGUCCGGUGUUCUCAACACCAUCCUGACCAAGUACCAAGACAUGCAGUAUGUGGAUGACGAGAGGAAAGAGAAGUUUGAGCAGCCUGUAUGGCAGACGUUGAAUAUGUUCGCCGGAGAGAUGGGAUGCUGGUUGGUGGUGCUCGGGUACCGCAUUCAUCACGCCUAUUUCCAACAAAACGACGAUACAGCAAAGGAUAAUGUUGCAUACAGUCCGGUGUCUUCCGAUGAAACUGCGCCUUUAGUUGCGCCGGCGAGCGAUGAGGAGCAUGCCGACUCUGGAGUAAGGCUCAAGGUUGACGGGCGGCAAGAACUGCGUGGAUGGAAGCUAUUAUACAUGGCACUUCCAGCCGCUUGCGAUAUCUGCGGAACAACUCUUAUGAACGUGGGACUGUUGUUCGUGAGCGCCUCCAUCUACCAGAUGAUCCGAGGUGCCCUUGUCCUUUAUGUGGGGCUCUUUUCAGUAAUCUUCCUCCGCCGCCGCCUCCAAACGUACCAGUGGAUCGGCUUAAUCUCCGUGAUGCUAGGUGUCCUGAUUGUCGGACUCUCCGGCGCCUUACAGAAGGACACCUCUGUAGGUAGUCCUCCUGAAAGCGGUCCUGCUGUGGACGUAACCCGUUCCAUCUUCGGCAUCACCCUCAUCGCCGCAGGACAACUCUUCACAGCUUCGCAGUUCGUCUUCGAGGAAUGGAUUCUCGAGAGUCACCAGAUCGAGCCACUCAAGAUGGUCUGCUGGGAGGGUAUCAGCGGUUUCGUCAUGACCAGUGUCGGAAUGGCGAUCCUGUACCCCAUCCUAGGCAAGGCUCAUCAGGGUGGCUACUUUGACUUGGCCGAGGGAUGGCGUCAAUUGACCUACUCACCAGUUAUCUGGGGCACCUCCAUCGCCAUAAUGUUCAGCAUUGGUUCCUUCAACUUCUUCGGGCUUUCUGUCACGCAGACCGUAUCCGCUACGUCGAGGUCCACUAUCGACACUAUGCGUACUUUCUUCAUCUGGAUGGUCUCUCUGAGCAUUGGAUGGGAAUCAUUCAGCUGGCUUCAGGUCAUCGGGUUUGUGGUCCUCGUCUACGGAACAUUCCUUUUCAAUGGUCUAGUUGGCUUGCCUUUCCAGCACAGCCCUCCCAAAGCUGAGGAUCCUCUGCCUGAGCAUCCGAGCGAGCAUCUUUGAGUGCAAGAACAAUGCCGUAACUCCUUUUUUUCUUCCUCGUG